AUGGCACCUGUGGAAGUUCCCCAGUUACACUUUCUAAGUGAAGCAGCCCAGUGGUUGGCCACACGUAGCCCAUCCACGUCGGCGCAUCUCUUAGGGGUUCAUACCCGGAUGCUUCAUGAGGAGUUGAAACCACUCAACACCCACCAAAAAAAGCAUCAUUGUGCCUGUGGUAGCUUGAGACAAUCCCCAAAGUCUACUAAAACCAUACGAGUGCAAAAAAAGGGAAAGAAGAAAGUCAAUGCUGUUGGAAGUGCGACGGUGUACAAGUGUUUGCGUUGUAGGCAACGGACAGUACUUUCACGUCAAAAGUCACUAUUCAAACCUUCUAGACCUUCUGCUCGCUCUUCAGUUCCUGUCACUGCUACAGCUUCCCCAAUUCCAUCAACAUCAACUCCAGCAGAAACUUCAGCAUCCGAGUCAUCAACACCGGCUGAUCCACCUAAAACAGCCGAGAACGUCAACAGCAAAAAGCGAGCUAAAACUCGCAAGCAAGGGGGUCUCCAAGCGCUACUGGCCGCUAAACAAAAAAGUCAACCUUCUCUUGAUCUAUUCGACUUUCUACACGUCUAA